AUGUCAGAUUCCGAAGUAGAGUUUCAAAGUGCGGAUGAAGGCAGUAACGGCGACGAUGGGUGGGAAAUUGAAUGUGAUUUCGAUCUGCCAGAUGCAGACUCAUCCACAGAAUUCAAAUCAACUGAAACAAAAAUAUCUUCGCAACAAAAAUUAUCCAAUCCAGUAGAGACAGAACAAAAUAAAAAAUGUAAACAUGAAGACGUAAAACCGGUAGAAAAUUUCCCAUCUGAUACAUCAAUGCUACAUGUUGGAUUAGGUAAACUGGCUGUAAGCAGCAACAAUACAGAGCAAUAUGAAGAGUGUAAUAUGAUUCAAAAUGAAAUAAAAUCAACCAGAUUUCUUAACAAUGUAAGUAAAAAUGUUUAUUAAAGUAACCUAUUUUAAUACUCAAAAUUAGGUUUAUAGAAAACCUAAAUUUCAUUAAAAUAAAUGCAAAAAUAAAUUUUAUAUUAAUUAGUUUCAGUAGUAUUGAUACAUUCUAUUAUUGAUCUUCCAAGUAUACAGAUUAAUUAUAGUUAUAUUAAUUAUAAUUUAACCGGAUAUGCUGAUUCUGGCAAGAUGACUGUAAUCAGAAGCUAUACUCAUCCAAUUGAGAUGUAACUCAGAAUAGAGCUUCAGAAUACCAACAUAAAUGUUUUAUUAUGCUAUACAAGUCAUAUUUGUACCGAAUCAUCAAAAAUCUAUUUUCUAUUUAUAGUACUCAUCCCCAAAUGUGCGAAGGAUAAUCUAAUUUAAAAUUGUUGGAAGCCAUGAAGUAUUUUGUAAGCAUAUUUUAAACUUAUAGGGUAUUUUUACAUUGAUAUUAAGAAGGUAUUUUCUGAGUUUUAUAUCGAUCAGAUAAGUUUAGCUUCUGUUAUGUCUGUAUUCUACUUGCAAUAAUUAUGUUGUAUACCAAAUUACAGAAGUCAUGUCCUCAUAAGACUUUUGGAAAGUUUAUAGGUUUAUAGCCUGAUAUAAAUAAUAUACGAAUUAACUGUCAAUUAAUAAAAUAACAGCCAGAAUCAGUGAUUGUAAGUUAAUAGUUUCUAAUAAAUUGUAUUACCCACAAAUAUUUUAUUUUAUUGUUUCUCUCAGAUUUAUUAUGAUUAAUACCAAUAUCUGAUUAUCUGUUUUACUAUUAUUCAAAUAAUCAAAUGUUUAAAUUGUUUAUGAUAUUUAUAGGACUGGGGUGGCUGGUCUAGUGGUUGGAGUGUUAAUUCACUCUUAUCAACUGCGAGCGCAUUAACAAAUCAAGUUUCUCAAGGUAUAACUAGUGUUAUUGGAGCACCAGCACCUGAACAGUUAGCAACAGUAGGUUCACAAGAAAAAGUGGAAACAUUCAAUGGUAUAAUUUUUUAUUAAUUGUAUUUCAUUUUAUUUCUUUAUACUACAUUAAUAUAGUUAAUGUUUUAGAGACACCAGCAGAUGAACUUCCAGAAUCUAGUUUUGGUAGUAACUAUUUUCUGACCAAUGUAAGUCAAAUUACAAAAAUUGUUGAAACUACUGGAAGCAAAAUUAUAAAUGGAGGCCUUGAUACAUUAGAAACAGUAGGAAAAAAGACUUUUGAAGUAUUACAAGAAGGUGAUCCUGGUUUACUGAAAAAAAGGGCCUUAUUUUUUCAAAACAAUGAAAAAAUUAAUUUAUCACAAGUAUGUACAUUUGUGUUCAUUUUUGAAUAAAUAUACUUAAAAAGUUACCUAAAUAAAAAUACAAUUGAAGUACAACUUCAUAAUUUUCCAUUAUCUGCGAUAUUUUGGUUGCAAAGAAAAUAAACUUAUGUUGAAUAAUGUAACUCCAUAAAAUAACUUUAAGAGUAAGAACAUUUAGUCUAGUAGGGCUGUGGGAGUAGCAAGAAGUGUCCUAAAGGGUUCCUUAUAUUUAUGUCUACAGUAAAAAUACGGUAAAUAUGCCAACGAAUAAUUAUGUAGAUUGAUUGCCCUGAUAAUGCUAUUUUUGACACAGACUUUAACAAUUUCUGUGUCCUAAUUGUUGCUUCGUCCUUAUGAUGGGGUUAAUUUAGCAAUGUGCUGAUGGUAGAUUCAAGACUGCACCGCGGCUCUUUAAUCAAGUUUUUACAAUACAUGUCAUUAAGUACAAUAAUUUUUUUCCAACGGUUUUUGCACUUUUGCUGGAUAAAUAUCAAUAAAUGUAUUAAUUUGUAUUACAUCAACUUAACUUACUCAAACUACGAUUAUCUCCAGUCAAUGUUAUGAUUUUGAGAACGUUUUAAUAAACUCAUUUAGUUAUGGUUUUCUAAAUAUACAAUAAUUGAAAAUUUCAAACAUUUUUUCUUUUGCUGAUUCCAAUCAUAUUUUUAUGUAUGUAUCUAUUUCCAGUAUUCAAUAAAAUAUAAUACCUGAAGUGUAAAUACUAUAUUUUCAAAUUUAAACAAAUAUGGUUAUUACUUAUAAUUAGGGCCCAAAUUUCAAAAUAUCGAAAAAUACUCUUUUAUAGUUAAAAAUGCAAAUAUAUAUAUUUUUUUUUAAUAUAUUCUUUAAUAUGUAAUUAAAAAUUGUUAUUUUAAUACAAAAAAAAAAAAUCUGAAAAUGAAAAUUUUGAUUUAGUGACGGUAUAAAGUACGUAGCUAUAUUCUUCAGUCAAAAUAUAAAUUUAAGAUUAUGUUAAAUUCUAUUUUACCUUUAACAUUUUCCUAUAAACAUCAGGGAAACCAACAACCUUUAGAUAAUAUUUUGAAUUAGCUAAAUUUAAUAAUUAAGUUGUGUAAUGUACAAAUAUACAUUAAAACUAACAAAAUAACCGGAAAAUGCUUAAAAAUAAAUAAAAGUUUCACCUUUAACAUAUCCACUACAUGAAACAAACGUACACAGAAAGAUUUGUCUAAGAUAACCUAAAAAAGAUGGACAGUGCAUUAAAAUCUUGGUUCUACCAUUUUAUGUCACAUAUUUGUAUUCCAUUUGUAUUGUAAAUUUGAUAUUUCUUCUGCAAACUUAUUUUCUUACUAUGUAGUCCAUUGUUUGUUUGUCUGCACCAUAGUUACAUUUAAGGUCUCCCUUGAUUCUUCAUUAAAGCAUCAAUAACACUUACCAUGACUGAUAUGAAUGUGGUUUAAUCUGGUGCAGUCUUUGAAAGAUCUGACCCAGAUGGAUAAUUAUAUACAUUACCCACAAGUAAACAGUUGGGAUGUCGCUACUUCUCUCUUCUUUCCAUACAUCUAUAUUAUACAUUCUAUAUAAUGUAUUAAGUGAUCAUAAAUCAUGUUACAAGUAUGGUGUAUAAUGAAUUGAGUCAAUUACUAUAAUAUUUCAAUAUGAAUUUUAUAUUUUUUAUAAUUUUAAAAUCUUAUCUUAAUAUAUUAUUAAAUCUAAAAUUUAAAAAAAAAAGUGGUUGGGUGCGGUUGAGAAUAAUGAGGACUGCGGAUGUAUGCGAUGAUAUUGGGGUUUGAGUCAAGUGGAAGUUUAGGACGAGGCUAAUCCCAAAUAGUUGGUGUAUGAUGGAGUAGAAUUAUUUGUAAUAUUUUGUUUAACACAUCAGAAGUAAAGUGUUAAUAAAAAAUUGUUUAUACUUCUUUUGAUAUCUUGUGUUUUGAGAUACUGAUAAACUAUCAGUAUACAGUUUAUAGUUGAAUUGUUUAUGUUUUAUAAUUAGUUAUAUACUAAUAUUUGUAUAAGUUUAAUUAAAUUAAUUUAGGUAUUACAAGAAGCUAAAGAAAAAUCUGAAAUUAAAUCUCAACAAAAUGUCAAUCAAGUUGAAGUGAAGAAAGAAUACGCAUAUUUAUUAGAUGAUUUUCAAGGUAAUAAGUAAUUUCUAUUAAUUUUCUAUGCAUAUCCACUUCUUCUACAUUCUAUGAUUUACAGUAAAAUUCAGUCAACUUAAAUUGAACCAUAUUGUAAACAAUUAUAUUAUAAAUAAUAAUAAUAGUAAUAGCUACCUAUACAUACCUAAAUUGAAAAAAUAUUACUUUUAAAAUAAUUAUUAUUCUUUAGGUAAUAUAGAAUUUAAAAAAAGGCAAUAUGUACCAGAAAGAUAUUUAGAGUGUAACACCAAUUUCACUUAAAUAACUUUUGUUCUAAUCAAUACUUUUUUAAAAUAAUUCCUCUGUGCUACAAUUUAUAAAUGAACAUUUUUAGGGGUAGUCUCAAAAUUACAAAUAUCACUAUAUUUUCAAAAAAAAUUCAAAAUAGAUAUAACUUUUUAACAUUUUCGGUGGUUGAAACUUUUAUUUAAUUAUAGUCUCUAUUUUCUAAGAUUUUUUGCAAAUAUGAAUAUUAUUGUGGUUAACUAUCUAUUAUAAAUAUAUUUUAAUCAGAGUCACAAAUUAAGAUAUAUCUUAAUCCGUGGUCAGAGCACAUCAAAUGACAAGAAUUUUCUUUUCCAUGAGUUAAUAUCGUGCAAUAAUACUACUGACAAAAUAUUAUAAUAUAAUCUAUUUCACAAAAUAGCUAUAUUGAAUUUUUUUAAAAAAAAAAAUUUAAGUAAAUAUUAAUUUUUUUAUUUAAAUCCCCUCCCCCCCAAAAAAAAUGUUUAUACAAUAAUUGUAGCGCAGAAGCAUACCUACUAAUUAUUUGAAAAUAUUGAAUAGAACAAGUUAUUUCAAAUGUCAGAUGUUACACUCUGUAUAGAACUAUCUUUCAUCUAGUGAAAAUCAACCUUUGGCUUAAAUCAAUAACCAUUUUCUAUUGUAUUAUAGUUAUUAAUCUAUAAAAUAUAAAUUUUAUAUAAAAAUUAUUUUUUCUUACUACAACAUUAGGUUAUAACAAUAAAUUACUAAUUUAAAGAUGUUAUAGAAAAAAUAAUCACUAUUUUGAUAAGUUUUGUUGGUAUAGUUUUCUAAUACCUAAUACACAUUUUUAUGAGGUGGUAUUAGAAUUGUAAUAGUAAUACUGCUUGUGAUUUUUUAUGGAAGCUUGUUUAUUAUUUCCACAUUAACUUUUGUUAUCCUUAUAUAUUUUAUGAAUUAUCAACAUUUAAUUAUAUGUUUAAUGGGGUAUACAAUAAAUGUUUGCUUUAUUAAUAUUUGACAGGGUUAAUUCAUUUAGAAAGUUUAGAACUAUUAUCUAAACAAUGUCAGAUGAAAUUGCAAACAGUUUUGCUGUCAUACUCUGGAACUCAGUUAACUGAUAUUCAAGAUACAUUGGUACAAAUAAAAGAGUUAUGUGAUCUUGAUUUUGAUGAUGAUGAAAAACUUAUGGAUAGUGAAGAAUUUAAAAAUUCUCUGAUCACUUGUAUUAGUCAUAUUAGUGUUGAUGUGAAAACAGAGAAAAUACUUAGGGUAAUAUAACAAUGUUAUUUAUUAUUUUCGAAAAACAAAAUAAAAUUUUUAAUACAGCAAAGCUGUGGUUCUGAGAUUAAAUAUAUACUUAUUUUGACAAAUCAAAAAAUCAUAAUCAGAAAAUAUAAUAAUAUACUCUUAAUAUUAUUUUCUGAUUAUGGCUUUUUGAUGAAACAAGAUAAAAAUAAAUCUAUAGGUAUCUAAUAAUAGUUAUAAAAUCAUAAAAUCGUCUUUUUUAUUUAACAAGUAUUAAACAUUUGAUUUUGAUUUUACUGUUAGGUAAGUAAUUUUAUUGAUGAAAAAUUGAAUGCACAGUUUAAUAAUGAAGAUAGUAUUCAUGAUGAGGCUAUUUCAGCAUUAGCUGAACUAACCGCAGCUGCCAUGGAAUUGUUCUAUAAACUAGGGGAAAUGUUAAUGAUUGAUACGCAAUGUCAGCAAAUAAUCAUAAAAGCUGAAAAUCUCUCACUGUAAGAAUUGCAAUCAUCUUUUUUGUGUACAAACCAAUGAUUAAUUGAUUUCUUUUCUUAGCCUUAAUGAAGCUAUUUGUUGUCGAAUACGUUUCAUUGCUAAUAAGUAUGCAUGUUUAUCAACAAAAUUUGAUGCAGAUGGAACUUCAAAUAAUAUUAGUGACAUUUAUCUCGAGGUAAUUAUAAAAAAUUACAAAUUUAUUUGUCUAGACCAGUUAUUAUCAAUGCUCAUUGUUUAUUUCAGUCUUCCAACAGUAGUUCAUACAUUCAAGAUGCAGGACAAUUGUUAAUACCUAUUUUACAACUAUCAAUUAUUUAG